CUGCUUCGAGUCGGUUGGGUGCACGUUGAAACUUCGAGGCCUGCUAAGGUUAGCCUAGCCUAGUUUAGCAGCUAACAAAGAGAAAGAACGCGCCUGGGAUAAACACGUCGUCGAGCAAGCAAACGUCAAGUCCCAAAAUGUCAGAUGUCAGUCAAGCGCAUCGUCCUGAACGCCUGGAGUCUGCUCGCAUGGAGGUAGCUGAAGAGUCGCCAUACAUCAAGAAGGUGGAGGUAGAAUUUGUCCACAUUAAAGAGGAGCAGGAGGAGUACUUCAUUAGACUGCAGAACCCCCACAUUGAGGAGCAGCAGCAACCUCAUCCCCUCAAAAAGGAGGAGGAAGACCCUCCAUAUGUUAAAGUUGAGGUGGAGGACAUCCCCAAGUGGAUUAGUGAGCCCUUAAAGGGUGAAGAUGGAGGUCCGAGUGAAGCCAGCAGAGGGACGGAGCCUCCGAAUGGCAGCAACAGCAGUUCAAAAGAAGGAUCCCAAGCAGACAACCCCCUCGCUGGACCAUCGGAUAUUGUCGACUUCACACCACACUCACUGUUCUGUUUCAGCAAAUAUCUUGGUCCUGAUGCUCAACAGCUUAAGAGAGAAGUACAACUUCCAAUCAAAAAGGAGGAGGUAGAACUGCCAUACGUGAAAGAAGAGGACGAUAUCACCAUGUCGACUGCUGAGCCCUUGAAUAGCGAGGAUGGUUCAAGUGAGGCCAGCAGAGGGACGGAGCCUCCAAGCAGCAGCUCAACGGAAGUAUCGCAAGCACACAUUUUCCUUGCACCAACAGAUAGAAAUGGCGCCACGUCACACUCACCUUACAAAGAUGAUGGUCAGAAGAAAUCUCACCGUGACGACAAACUCUGCAAAUGCUCUCAGUGUGGGAAAACCUUUGUUAAUAACUGUAAUUGUCAUAUGCAUAUGAGGAGCCACACUGGCGAAAAAACUUUUUCCUGCUCAGUUUGUGGAAAAAGAUUCACCCAGAAGAGCACCUUAAACACACACAGAAGAACCCACACUGGUGAAAAACCUUUUUCCUGCUCAGAUUGUGGUCAAGGAUUCGCUCGUUUAGAAACCUUAAAAAAACACACAAGAACCCACACUGGUGAAAAACCUUUUUCCUGCUCAGUUUGUGGAAAAAGAUACACUCAGAAGGGCACUUUAAACACACACAGAAGAACCCACACUGGUGAAAAACCUUUUUCCUGCUCAGAUUGUGGUCAAAAAUUCAGUUGUAAGAGUGCCUUAAAAAAACACACAAGAAUCCACACUGGUGAAAAACCUUUUUCCUGCUCAGUUUGUGGAAAAAGAUUCACUCAGAAGAGCACCUUAAACACACACAGAAGAACCCACACUGGUGAAAAACCUUUUUCCUGCUCAGUUUGUAGAAAAAAAUUCAUUCUGAAGAGUGCCUUAAACACACACACAAGAACCCACACUGGUGAAAAACCUUUUUCCUGCUCAGUUUGUGGUCACAGUUUCAGUGAAAAGGCAAACUUACAAAGACACACAAGAAUCCACACUGGCGAAAAACCUUUUUCCUGCCCAGUUUGUGGUCAAGGAUUCAGUCAUAAGAGUGCGUUAAUAGUACACACAAGAACCCACACUGGCGAAAAACCUUUCUCCUGCUCAGUUUGUGAUCGAGGAUUCACUCAAAUUCAACACUUAAAAGUACACACAAGAAACCACACUGGUAAAAAACAUUUUUCCUGCUCAGUUUGUGGUAAAAAAGUCAGUGAUGAGAGUGCCUUAAAAGUACACACAAGAACCCCCACUUGCGAAAAACCUUUUUCCUGCUCAGUUUGUGGUCAAACAUUUGCUUGGAAGCUAACCUUAAAACGACACACAAGAAUCCACACUGGCGAAAAACCUUUUUCCUGCUCAGUUUGUGGUCGAGGAUUCUCUCGAAUUCAACACUUAAAAAUACACACAAGAACCCACACUGGCGAAAAACCUUUUUCCUGCUCAGUUUGUGAUAAAAAAUUUGCUCGCAAUGAUCAGAUUACGAGACACGUGUGUAUUGGUGGGAGAAGCAGUGACAAAUGACUGUUUUGCCUGUCAUCCAUGCUGCCGUCAUCAGAUUGUGCACGCAGGUCAAUUGUGGUCUGUAGAGUUUCCUCGAAUCCUGUUGAGGAUUGUCAGUAUUGGUGCCUUACAUGUGCUUUGUACAAUCCUUGUAUGAUGUGGAUCCACACUAAUGCCAAAAGUAUUCGCUCACCUGAUUAACUCUCAAGUUGAGUGGCAUUGUUUUACAAUACUCUCCCUCUUUCAAACUACACUUUUCACGGCUAAUAUUUGAAACUGUAGACCCCAAAUUACAAAAAUUCUAAAUCAUUCAUCAAUAAUAUAAUUACAGAAAUAUGGAAAAUUAUGAUUGGCUCACAAAUAUUAGUUUUUUUUUGGGGAGGGGUGUUUAUAUAUAGUUUUAAAAGUUACUACUCUUGAUUGACAGUAACAUAUUACGACAGAGUAUUGGGGCCAAAUAAAGAGAGGGUAAAAAAUGACGAGAUUAAAGUUAUACUCUUACUAGAAGAAAAACAAGUAUUAUUAUGUAGGGGUAAUGUAGCCGAAUAAGGGGCUAAGUACUUUAUGUACAUUUACCUUAGCUGGGACCUCCGACAAAGUAUUCAUACAAAUCCUUCGAUUGAUUAAAAUUUGAUGUAGAUGAGCUAAAAGAUAAGGAACCUGAUUCUAAAACACAGCCCCACAAGAUGCUUUCAUUAUCGUUGACUUUAGUGUAGGCGGCAAAGCGCUACGGAAAGUACGUGGCUGCUUAUUCAGCUACAUUACCCCUCUUUUCUGUAUUGGCCUAAUACUUUGUCGCACAACUCGGACAAUGAUUAUUAAAAUUGUUUGUGCUUUUAAUCAUUUCAGCCCCCGUCGAUGAAAAUCGACUCUGCUUCGGAUUUUAAAGUGCUUGUACUUCACUGUGCUUAUUCAUUUUAUUCAUUAUAAACAACUUGUUUUUAUUCAGUCCUAGCUUCCUCUUCCCUUUGUUCACAACAAGGAUAAUUAUAAUAUUAUAACUCAAAACUAGGGUUGUAACUUAAACCGAUACUUUGUUACCAAGUUGAUUUCUAAGAUUCAGAAAAUGUGAUGGGACUGCCUUUUGUGCAAUACCCGAAGUAUCACCAGUACCGACGCGGCAGAUCUGGCCGCUUCUUUUGUGUGAUAUACAAGGCUGCACAAGUUGCCUGACAGGAGGUCAAUUACACCACUAAAAUGGGGGUUAUAAUUGAGCGGUUAUAUGGCAACCCACGCUGUGCUAAAGAACGAGAAAAACAGUCAAUGUAUGCAACAUAGCAGUAACACGCGCAUUUACGUCGUUUUAGUUAAACCCUUUACACCUAAGCCUAUUUUUUUUUUCAAAAGCUGCAUACCACUGAUGCUGCCUUUAUAUUUCAAAGAGAUAGAAAAAAAAAUCACAAUUGCCAGAUUGAGUCCCUUUUUUAGGACACCAUCCAAGCUGAUGUUUUCUUCAACCAAUUAUAAUAAACAUUUAGGACUGAAAAUGACAACAACAAUCCCCCCCCCCCUCCCCCCAAACGGCACGUAUAGUCUAAGGCGUUUUUGUCCUUUCUACCGUAAUUUUCGGACUAUAAGCCACUACUUUUUUUUCUUCAUUUUGAUACCUGUGGUUUAUAGUCCAGUGCGGCUUAUUUGAUGAUUAUUUUUUUUUAGGUAACUCUUUAUUUGACAGCGGUGUCAUAAGACUGUCAUAAGAUCAUCAAAAUCAUGACACGACACUAUCAUGGACAUUACUGAAUGCAUAUGUCAUUAAGUGUCAUUUGGCAAAUUAUGUCACUAACUCAAUUUUUGUCCAUCUUGGAUCUUUUGCAUUCAUUCCAUUCAAAAGUGAGAUCAUUUGCCGGAUUAUACUUAAUGACAUCUGUUAUAAGCAUUCAUGAAUGCUCAGGACAGAGACAUGUCAUAAUUAUGAUUGUGUAAUGACAGUCUUAUGGAACCACUGUCAAAUAAAGUGUUAGCAAAUACCAUAACUAGCAAUUGAUGAAACAAGUGGAACAGUAACUGAAGAAAUAUUUAGCACAGAACAUGAUUUUUGAUUGUUAUUUACAUCUGUAGCGCUGCAAUGCAUGCUAAGAGGCAUGUUGGAUGACAACAGUCAACAGCAGGUGGCAGCAGAGGUUGACUGUCUCCCCCAAGGGAGCAGUGAUGGCCAAAUGAAACUUCUUGAAGCAAUAAAGCUUUGCAGUAAUUAGUUCAAAGUUUAAUGAUGGUUCAUUUGGUCUUAUGACAGUCGGUCGUAUGGUGCAGCUGUCAAAUAAGGUUGUACCGGUUAAUAUCUUUUGGUGUAAAUAUCCCAUGAUACAGUGAGGACAGCUGCGGCUUAUAGUCCAGUGCCGCUUAUCUAUGAACAAAUGCUGUUUUCGUGCCAAAUUUGGUGGGCUGCGGCUUAUAGUCAGGUGUGCCUUAUAGUGCGAAAAUUAGGGUACAUAUUAUGGUCAAAACAGGUUAUAUACAGGAGACCAACAGCGCAAAAUAGUGACUAUAUAUAUAUUAUACUUAGUAUAUAAUACAUUAUAUAUUUAUAUAUAAUCUGCAAUAUAAAAUUAGUUCAAAACUUGUCCUCUCACUGUGCAAAACAGGCCGUAAAAUGAAAACUAUAUACAUUUUUUAGUCUUUUGAUUCCUCAGAAGCCUUGGUAGAACUGCCAGUGGCAGUACUUCUCUGGCUGGAGACACAGGCCCGCAUUCCAUGUCUCACACAUCCAGUCAGUUCUCUUCUGCAGAGUUGGCGCCCCAUGCUGGCUCGCUACGAUUUCGGCCUAUGACCACACUGGAAUCUCCACAGUCCUCUCCAGGACAUAGGUCAGGUAGAAGACGAGUAUUGUCAUUUCAUAGCACAUACACAGUAUACUGUACCUGUUCCUCAUCACAACACAAACUGUAGCAUAGUAGCAGCAGGGGUGAAAGUAGCUAGAAAUUUCUUGCCGGAACUCCCUGACAUGACAGUCGCCAUGGAGCCAGAAUCUUUUUUUUUUUUUUUUUUUUUUUUUUUUU